UUGAUGAAGAGGAGGAGCUGGUCUCGGUUCUCCGUCUGUCGCAACGUUUUCUUCUUUUCUUUGUUUCACGUGAAAAGUUCUGAUGGACAAACUCCGACGAGAUCAAAUCGGAUUAAAACCGAAGUAAACCUGGAUUAAAGACGGGAGACCUGCAAGACCGGACUCGGGUCGGAUGAGGGGAGCCUUGACUCCGCUCCAGGUCUGAUUUCUGUGUGUUUGGAUCAGAAUCCGGAUAAUGGGUCGGGAGGACGGACGAACAUAGUGGAAACUUUUUUUUGUCUCCAUGGAAAUGAGAGUUUUUCCCGCUAGUUGAGGAGCUGAAUACACUCUGAGCAAGUAUCAAUACCUGCUAUUGAUCGUGUAUUGAUCAGCGGAAUGGCCGCGGUCCUCUUGCUGCUGCUCGCGCUGUGGACCUGCGGACACGCCAAGAGCGCGUUCCCACCGCGAGCCUCCUACAGCCUGUACUCCGGCGGGCACGCGCACGGAGCGCGCGCCGCAAGCAGACACAGGAACUGGUGUGCAUUUGUUGUGACAAAGACAGUGAGCUGUGUGGUCGAGGACGGUGUGGAAACCUAUGUGAAGCCCGAUUAUCACCCCUGCACCUGGGGGGGUGGACAGUGCAGCAGGGUGGUUCUCUAUCGGACUUACAUGAGACCACGAUACAAAGUGGCCUACAAAAUGGUGACAGAGAUGGAGUGGAAGUGUUGCCAGGGUUACAGUGGAGAGGACUGCAAUGUCGGUCCAGCUGGAGGAGCAGGAACUCAGAUUCCUAUCACCAGACCGGGAGGAGGAGGUGGAUCUGGACAGAGUGAUGAGAAGAUGAGACAGAUGGAAGAGAAGAUCCAGAGUCUGACCAAGAACCUCCAGGACCUUCAGUCAACCCUGAACACCAUGAAGGAACAAUUGCAGCAGGGGGUCAGCAAGACAGGGUUCAGCGGAGGAGAUGGUAGUACUUCUUCAGGAGGAAGAAAUCCUGCUGAUGCAGCUCAGCCAGAGAUUAAAGAGACAAUUCACAACAUCCAAACCAAACUGGAUCAGCUGGACAAUCGCACACAGGCUCAUGAUAAAACUCUGGUCAGCAUCAACAACCACCUUGUGAAUGGGAAAGGGAAUGACCUGGACAGAGGUCUGCCUGGAGGAGUAUUGAGUGGAGGGAGGCUGAACUUGCUGAAAGAGGAGAUCCUGAAGGAGUUGGAGAGGAGGGUAUCUUUGUCCUGCUCCUCUUGUCAGGCUGGUGUGGAGGAUCUGAGCAGGCAGCAGCAGGAACACCGAGAGAGGAUUCAUGCUCUGGAGAAACAGCUGAAUGCCAUGGAUGUUCGUUAUCGGCAGGGCCUGGAUGGACUGCGACAGGAAGUGAUACGUUCUCAGGGAUGCUGUGAUGUAAUCAAUGACCUCCAAACCCGCAUCGCUGAGACUGAGCGCAAGAUCAGCUCAGCCUCAGAGAACUUGGAUGUUCUGCAGAAGCACGUGGACAAGGAGCUCAGUGGAAGACAUAGAAGCAGCAGUAACAAUGAUGGUGGCUUCAGAGGAGGGGGUGUUGGUGCUAGUGGUGAAAUUGGGGGAGGUGGGAGGGAUAGUGUGGUGACGCAGGAUAGAUUGGAACAUCGACUAAAAGAGCUGGAGCAGCGGAUCAACAACACUGUGGAGCAGACCGAGCAAAGCUGCUCAUACCUGGAAAACGACCUCAAGGACUAUUUCCACAGAGAACUGGGGGACCUCAGGACAGUGUUCCUGGACCGGUUUGAUGACCAGGCAUUCAGGAUUGCAGAUGUGGAGCUAGAUGUAGGGCUGGUAAAAGACAGUGUGAGAAACCAUGACAAGAGGCUGUCAAAGCUGGAAAACAACACUUUCUUUUUGAGCCAGAGGUUGGAAGAGUGCAGCUGUGUCGGAUCUGAAGGAGAAGGAGGAAAGACACCACCUCCUGGUGACAGAGGAAAUGAAGGAGGAAGGUGGGGAGCAGGUGCUGGGGGAAGACCUCCGGGAGGAGCAAGAGGAGAAGGAGGUGACAUGAGAGCAAGUGGAAAUGAAGGAGGACCUACAGGAGGAAGUACACAGGGAGGAUUUUCUGGGACUGAAGGAGAAAGAGAAAACACAACAGAAAAAUCACUGGAGUGGAGAGUGAUUGCCAACGAGGACCAGAUUAGACAUUUUAAUACUCAACUCAAAGACCUAUCUGUGUCUGGAGACUCUCUACAUGACAAGGUUGUGGAUCUGAGCCAUGACGUCCGAAAGAUCAAGGCUUUGACUGGGGAUCAUGGCGAACACUUUAACCGAAUUGUGACGGAGGUAGAGCUGCUAGGACAUGACUGCGAGCUGUGCAGGAGGAUGGAGGAAGAGCUGCAGAGGCUGAAGAAUCAUUCCCAGGAUGCACUGGGGCAGAUGCAGAGCCACAUCAACAGACUCCAGACCAGACUGGACUCAGGCUGCUUCCAGACAUGUUCACACCUGGAGAAUGAAGUCCGUCUGCUGCGAGAUGAUGUUAGGAGCUGCACUGGCCAUUGUAAAAGCAGCCCGGAUAUCCCAGCAGGUGGUGGUUCUGGUGGCACUGGUGGUGCCAGUGGACAUGGACCUGGCUUGGAUACUGAGAAACCUUUAGAUGGCCACAGUGUGAUUGGAGGCUCCAUCAGUAAUAACCAGCUGAAGACGCUGCAGGGUGAACUGUCUGAGGUCAUCCUCACCUUCAGUUCCAUCAAUGACACCCUGAAAGGGCUUGAACACACAGUGCAGAAACAUGGCAGUGUCAUCACCGACCUUGGAAAUACCAAGGAUAAGAUCAUCUCUGAGCUGGACAAAAUCCAGCAGGAGGUGAGAGAGCACAUCGAAGAUAGCCGUGACCAUCUGGACGGGAUGGACCGGGAUGUCCGACGGUUUGAGAGUACACUGCUGGUGGAGAUGGGAGACUGUAAGAGGUCUUCAGAUGGACUAGAGAAGAGGCUGUCAAAGCUUGAGGGAGUCUGCGGGAGACUGGAUGGUGUCUCUGACUCCAUUCUCAAGAUCAAGGAAGGACUGAACCGUCAUGUGUCAAGUUUGUGGUCGUGUGUUUCUGGCCUGAAUGACUCAGUCGUCCAUCAUGGAGGAAUUGUGGAUUUUAUUCAGAAAAAUCAGGAUGACAUCUACAGCAGGAUGAAAAACCUUAACUCAAGCCUGAACCAUGCUCUCAAAGACCUACAGAGCUUCUCUGAGCACAAUCUGACUGGCCUGCCUGGGCUCCAGGGACCCCCAGGGGAAAGAGGCUUCAAUGGGCUGCCUGGUCCUCGAGGGCCUCUGGGGCCUCCGGGGCCCCCGGGACGACAAGGUGAAAGUGGAGCACGAGGUUUGCCCGGUCUGCCUGGUGUUGAUGCCCACGUACCCAAACUGUCCUUCUCUGCUGCUCUCACUGUUCCAAUGGAGCGAGCUGGAACCAUCAUUUUUGACAAGAUUUUUGUCAAUGAAGGAGAGUUUUAUGACCAAAGAACAGGUAUUUUCACGGCCCCCAUUGAUGGACGCUACUUCUUCAGUGCCAUCCUGACUGGUCAUAAAAAUGAGAAGAUCGAGGCAGUUCUGUCCAAGUCAAACUAUGGCAUGGCCAGAGUGGACUCUGGAGGCUACCAGCCAGAAGGCCUCGAGAAUAACCCUGUAGCUGAGGCUAAAACCACUCCAGGAUCUCUGGCCGUCUUCAACAUCAUCCUGCCUCUGCAAACUCGGGACACGGUCUGCAUCGACCUGGUGAUGGGCAAACUGGCACACUCUGUGGAGCCGCUCACCAUCUUUAAUGGCAUGCUGUUGUAUGAAGAUAUAUGACCGGUUCAUACAGAGAACAGUUUAAUGACAAACCCACAGGAAGCUGCACAGUAAAGUAUGAUGAGACUCCCUUUUUCAGGAGUGACCCUAAACCGAUGACAAAUCUUCAGUCUUGUAAAGAUUUCUUUGUUCAUAUUCUAAGAGAUCACAUUCGUUCUAUUUACUAAUAUAAGGGUGCUUAUAUCACAUGUGGAUAACAGUAGUUGUCGUUAACCCUCUGACUGCUUUAAUUGAGUCAGCUGAUCUGAUGUGGUUCUGUGAUCUAACAUCAAAGCAGUACUGUGGGAACACAUGUCCCUGUAAACCAGGAUCAGUUUAUGCCUGGUAGACAUGCUUCCUUCUUGAAACUUUUAAACAAGCAUAGGAAGUCUGGUGGAAAAUAAUUAGUAUUAACAGUCUAAUGUUGUUGGUGCCCAGCACAAGCUGCAGGGUUUAGUACAGCAAUAAUAUAAAAAGCAGCAUCCUCAUUUAUUGCUUCUCAGAGUCUCAUCAGUGGUAGAACUAAAAAUGUACAGUUUGUGCUGAAGUGGGUGGAAAGGUCAUAGGGUCAUUCAAAGCAACAAGAUUUACUCUGAAGAGCAGGAACAAGGAUGCUUAUCAAUUGGCCGAUGUUGAGAUAUGUUAUUGUGGACCAAUACAUUGGACAGAUAGAUGGACAGCUAUUAAUAUCCUUUUGCCCUGCCCAAUUGGUCAGACUUGUCAUAGCAACAUGUGAUAGUGUGACUUUAAAUAUAAUGCAAACAAAACUUCUUGCUCUGACGCUUUACAAAAGCAAAAUGUGUUUUCGUUUUAUUAGUGAGGUGAGUUCAUAUUGUGAAUGUUUCAUAUUAAGCUGCACCUUGUUUCAUUUGUGUUUCAUGUUCUGCCAAGUAUUUAAGUCAUUAUCAUUUAAUUUUACAUUGAUGGACAAAUGCUGAAAGACAAGGCUGGAAAUAAUCUGCACUUUUUACUGUCAACAAAAUCUUAUUAAAACUUCAGUGGUGGA